CCACACUGGACUCCUCAGUUACACCUCUCCUUGUGUUCUGCUCCGCUCAUCUGAACGAUUCGGUCUGAGGACAUUUGAAACAGAAAAUCACUCUUAAAAAGCUUAUUUGUUUUGCUUUUGUUUCUUGUUAUUUCAAUGAUUUUUGGGGGCUUUAAACUCGUAGUUGUCCAUUCAACCAAAUGCAUCGCCCACCGGUCUCGUUUUGCAUGCGGAUAUAGCCGGCUGUUUUCAUCCGCAUCCUGAAGUGAAGCGAUUGGAUAUUAUUUAUUAUCAUUUUUUAUUAUUAUUAUUAUUUAUCCUCUGGACGCGCUGCCACUUUUUUAUUCCCCCACUCCCACAAUGGCUGAUACCAACGCUGAAUGCAAUAUCAAGGUGUUGUGUCGAUUCCGUCCGCUCAACCAGUCGGAAAUUAUCCGCGGAGAUAAGUUUAUCCCAAUAUUUCAGGGAGAAGAUACUGUCAUCUUCGGGGGGAAGCCGUACGUGUUUGACCAGGUCUUCCCAACUAACACCACACAGGAGCAAGUCUACGACACCUGCGCCAAACAGAUCGUCAAAGAUGUGCUCGGGGGGUACAAUGGGACUAUCUUUGCCUAUGGGCAGACUUCUUCAGGAAAAACACACACCAUGGAGGGGAACCUUCACGAUCCCCAGGCGAUGGGAAUCAUUCCUCGGAUCGCCCAGGACAUUUUUGAACAUAUAUUCGCCAUGGAUGAAAACUUAGAGUUUCAUAUAAAGGUUUCCUACUUUGAGAUCUACAUGGAAAAAAUCCGGGACCUGCUGGAUGGGCUGCACGGAGCGCUUCGUCACCAGUCCAGAGGAAGUGAUGGAUGUGAUAGAUGAGGGGAAGGCCAACCGUCACGUCGCUGUCACCAACAUGAAUGAGCACAGUUCUCGCAGUCACAGCAUCUUCCUGAUCAGCAUCAAACAGGAAAACGUGGAGACGGAGCAGAAGCUGAGCGGGAAGCUGUAUCUGGUUGACUUAGCUGGAAGUGAGAAGGUCAGUAAGACGGGAGCAGAGGGAGCAGUGCUGGAUGAGGCCAAGAACAUCAACAAGUCUCUGUCAGCGCUGGGGAAUGUCAUUUCAGCUUUGGCUGAAGGAACGAAGUCCCAUGUGCCGUACCGUGACAGCAAAAUGACUCGCAUCCUUCAGGACUCGCUUGGCGGGAACUGUCGCACCACCAUGUUCAUCUGUUGCUCCCCCUCCAGCUACAACGACACAGAGACCAAAUCCACGCUGAUGUUUGGCCAGCGAGCCAAGACCAUUAGAAACACCGUCACGGUGAAUCUGGAGCUCACAGCAGAGCAGUGGAAGAAGAAGUACGAGAAGGAGAAGGAGAAGAACAGGUCGAUGAAGGAGACAAUCCAGCAACUUGAAGCUGAACUGACCUGCUGGAGGAACGGUGAGAAUAUUGCCGUGCUGGGGCACCUGAGUGAAGAAUCAGAGGACACCCCCUUCGCUUCUCCAGAUUCUGAGGAGUUGCCCCUUGAUUUGAGCCCCUGCACCCCGUGCACCCCCUGCAGCCCCUGCUCCAUCGCCUCCUCCAUCGUGGUCCACAUCUCCGAGGAAGAGCGGCACAAGUACGAGGAGGAGAUCCGCAAGCUUUACAAACAGCUGGAUGAGAAGGAUGAUGAGAUCAACCACCAGAGCCAGAUGGUGGAGAAGCUGAAGGAGCAGAUGCUUGACCAGGAGGAGCUUUUAGCAUCAUCCAGGGGAGACAGCGAGCGGGUGCAGUCAGAGCUCUGCAGGCUGCAGACAGAAAAUGAAUCUGCUAAAGCUGAGGUGAAGGAGGUACUUCAGGCGCUGGAGGAGUUGGCGCUAAACUACGACCAGAAGAGCCUGGAGGUCGAGGAGAAAAGCAUCCAGAACAAGCUCCUGGCUGAGGAACUCACAAAAAAGAUGACUCACCUCAUGGCUUUAGAAGCAGAGCUGUCUCGUAUCCAGGAGGUGAGCAGCCACCAAAGGAAACGCAUUGCUGAAGUUCUGAACGUGCUCAUGAGGGACCUGCGAGAGUUCAGCACCAUAGUUGGAAACAGAGAAAUCAAGCUGCCCCUGGAGAUCAGCGGUGCGAUAGAGGAGGAGUUCACAGUGGCCCGCCUCUACAUCAGCAAGAUAAAGUCAGAGGUGAAGUCGAUGGUGAAGCGCUGCCGCCACUUGGAGAACCUCCAACUGGAGUGCCAGCGCAAGAUGGAGGAGACGAGCAGGGAGCUGUCUUCGUGUCACCUCCUUGUGGCACAGCACGAGGCAAAGAUCCGCUCUCUGACGGCGUACAUGCACAACGUGGAGCUGAAGAAGAGGCAGCUGGAGGACAGCUACGACUCCGUGACCGAGGAGCUGGCCAAACUACAAGCUCAAGAAAACAUGUCACAGAUGACCAGUGGGGAGAAUCACACACGUCUGCAGAAUCCCUGUGAUGUGAAGAGGGCUCUGGAGGAACAGAUGCAGUCGCACCGCGAGGCCCACAGCAAGCAGCUCGGCUGCCUCCGAGACGAGAUCAACGAGAAACAGAAGAUCAUUGACGACUUAACUGACUGUAACCAGAAGCAGCAGUUGGAGUUGGAACAACUGCACGGUGACUUUGACCGUCUCAGAAGUCAGGAGCAUCAGAAGAGCCGGCAGCUGGAGGAACUGACGUUUCUCUGUGAGCGGCAUGAGCAGUCGAAGCAGGACCUCAAAGGGCUGGAGGAGACGGUUGGUCGCGAGCUCCACACCCUGCACAACCUCCGCAAGCUUUUCGUUCAAGACCUCACCAUUCGAGUUAGAAAUUUGGUGCGUGACAAUGCAGAUCUUCGCUGUGAGCUUCCAAAACUAGAGAAACGCCUCCGCUCUACAGCUGAGCGGGUGAAGGCGCUGGAGGGUGCGCUGAAGGAGGCGAAGGAAGGAGCCAUAAAGGACAGACAACAAUACCAACAGGAGGUGGAGCGGAUCAAAGAUGUCAUGAUGAGGGCUCGCAACCCCUUUCGCCGGCCCCACGCCGCGCAGAUAGCCAAGCCUGUGCGUCCGGGCCACUACCCGCUCUACUCCCCCAUCAACCCCUUCUUCAUCCGAGGCUACAACGGGAGCCCCGUUCCCUUCUGCAACGCUGCCCUGCAGAAUAAAAACAACCCACCGGCUGCGGGUAUCGAGGACACAUCACCGGAGGCCGACUCCAACCUGAACAGCUCGACAGGAGCCCUCGACCCGCAGAACGACGACACGCAAGACGGCGACGACCAGAACACGCUUCCGGCUGAACCUCCGAGAGCGGCGGUGAAAUCUUCAGAGAUGCUCGAUUCAGAAAACGGAAACACCACGGAUAUUAAUGACAACAGCAUGUGUCUGAACGUGGAGUCUGUGUCCAGAACUGAUGUCUGCGACAAUCAGGAUGCAGCUAAACUCUUCAGCCUGAAGCCCGAGGCUUCGGCCAGCUAAUGCCCCUGAGCAGGCAGACGGGUGUCUGAGGCCUCCUCUGUAAAUCUGCAUGCAGACGGUCUCUGUCCUCCCAGAAAAGAAAACUUUUUUCUUUUUUUUCCUUCCCUCUCCUCUUCUCAACUGUUGUCAACAAUCUUCUUGUGUCUCUUUUGAAGCCUCUGCUUGCUCUUCUCUGAUUCUGUCUCCUCUUCUCUGAGCGUUGGUUGGAUGGAAGUGGGUAUCGCUGCAGCCUGCACCUGCUGCUGCGCCCCGUCCUCAUGACUUCAAAUACAGAAAGGACCAAAACUAGAAGGCAGUCAGCCAAAACCAGUGCAGUCAGGGGUGACAAGUCAAUCUUAUACAUUAUUAAACACAUGAAUUAUCUGAAAACAAGGUUUUCCAGGUGUAGCAAAAAAACAAAAGAAAGUGUAGAACACUAUUUACUUUACUGUUAUUUAUUUUUUUUGCUGCAUGUUUGAUUUUGAUGUUCUUCAGAUUUUUUUUAAAGAAAAUACCUGAUAAAAAACUUGGUGAGGCAACAUUCUAUUAAAUAUUUUAGUCCCUACAACAGAAAAUGUUAUAUGAAUGGUAAACAAAGUAAAAAGAAAGGUUUAGGUUUCUAUAAACAAUUCAUUUAAUCAUAUCCAAAGCCCUAAAACCAAACACUGGCACGUCUGCCUCCAUUUUUCUUAAGAGAGACAGAAAAUACUGAAUAUUCCUUUAUUUUACAGAUAAGAUGUGCAGUUUUGGCGAACAUUUCUUUCCCCAGCCUCGGUUUAAAACAUUGCAACACACCAAUGUUUCUUUUUUAUUUUCUGUAAAGUACGGCUGCUUUGGGGUUUGGAAAGUUUAAAUGAUCGAUGUAAUAUCAUUUCAUUGUUUAUUUUAAAUUCAUUUUUAGGACAUAAAACAGAAAUAUAUCCUCCCCUCUCCUUUAGAUUGAAUCUGAGGGGCUUAUUCUCAGUUCUAAAAACAAAUAAAUAAAACUCAGUUCCUUCAUUUAUUGUCUGUCCAAAGACAAAAUAUAAGCUGGUGUCAGCUGAUCAGAUUUUAGGACCUUCAGUGAUGUUUGGAUAAUAGAUAAUAGAUUUUGGAGCCCAGAUUAUCAUUUCUAUCAAUAAUCAUUAAAAAAAAACUAGAGUUAAACUUAUUAAAUAAAAACUGGUUCCUUGGAGAUUUUAUUUAAUGUUUUCAGCCCGUUUGUUUCUCUGUGUGUAAGAUAUAGAGAAGUGGUCAAUAUGACUUUAACCACAAAGAAGUUGAAAAUGAAAAAUGGAAAUCUUUAGUUACCAAAAUUAUUUCCUUACAGACUAUUUUUUUUCUUUUUAAAGUUUAUACUUAGAUUACCAGUCAGUCCUAAACAAAACAGUUUUUUUUAUGAAAGCUAAAAGUUUUCUUCCUUUAAGAACGUCCUUCAAAUCAGCCAGUUUUGGUCCGAUUCCUGGUGUUGGCCUUUGAAAAGAAACAAAAAAAAAA